AUCUCCGAAGCUGGGAAGGACUCCUUGCCUUCUUGGUUACACUGGAACGCAGAGAGCAGCUCCCUGGAAGGGCUGCCCCUUGACACGGACAAGGGCGUCCACUACAUCUCAGUGACCACACUGCAGCCCUUUCCGAACGGGAGCUACGUGCCACAGACUGCGAACGUCUUCUCUGUUGAGGUCCACCAAGAAGACCACAACGAGCCUCAGUCAGUGCGAGUGGCCGUCCAAGACAUGGGUGACGCAGCACCAUUCGUGUGCGGCUCAGAAGAGCCGGUAACUAUCCUGACUGUCAUUUUGGAUGCCGACUUAACAAAGAUGACACCAAAGCAGAGGAUUGAACUCUUAAACAGAAUGAGAAGCUUCUCGGAGGUGGAACUUCAUAACAUGAAGUUGGUUCCUGUUGUAAAUAACAGACUCUUUGACAUGUCGGCCUUCAUGGCUGGACCAGGAAAUGCAAAGAAGGUGGUGGAAAACGGGGCCUUACUCUCAUGGAAACUGGGAUGUUCUCUGAGCCAAAACAGUGUCCCCAACAUCAGCAAGGUGGAGGCUCCAGCUAAGGAAGGAACCAUGUCUGCCCGCCUUGGCUACCCUGUUGUUGGCUGGCACAUCGCUAACAAGAAACCUCACCUCCCAAAGAGGAUGCGGCGGCAGAUCAACGCCACCCCUACACCUUUGACUGCCAUCGGGCCACCCACCACUGCCGCGCAAGAACCACCGACCAGGAUCGUGCCCACCCCAACGUCGCCUGCCAUCGCGCCUCCCACGGAGACGACGGCACCCCCUGUCCGGGAGCCCAUACCGUUGCCGAGGAAGCCUACGGUCACCAUCAGAACAAGGGGCCCCAUUGUCCAGACACCCACUCUGGGACCAAUCCAGCCAACCAAGGUAGCAGAAGGCACCGGCACGGCCUCCGUGCCAAUUCGCCCCACGAUGCCUGGGUAUGUAGAGCCCACCGCAGUGAUGACACCGCCCACAACUACCACCAAGAAACCAAGAGUCUCCACUCUGAAGCCAGCCACACCAUCCACGACGGAUUCCUCCACAGCAACGACGCGAAGACCUACUCGAAGACCCAAAACACCCCGUCCGACAAAGCCUCCCAGCACGACCAGAUCCCCCAUCUCCAAGCUGACAACGGCCUCCCCGCCAACCCGCGUACGCACCACAGCUAGCGGGAUCCCCCGGCCAUGGGAGCCGAAUGAGCCACCCAAGCUGACGAACCACAUCGACAGGGUCGACGCGUGGGAGGGCACUUACUUUGAGGUUAAAAUACCGUCAGAUACCUUCUACGACAAAGAAGAUACCACCACUGACAAACUGCAGCUGACCUUGAAGCUGAAGGAGCAGCAGAUGAUAGAGGAGAAUUCGUGGGUGCAGUUCAACAGCACCAGCCAGCUCAUGUACGGCAUGCCGGACCACAACCACAUUGGGAAGCACGAGUACUUCAUGUACGCGACCGACAAAGGUGGGCUCUUUGCUGUGGAUGCUUUCGAAAUCCACGUCCACAAAUGCCCUCACGGGGACAAGUCUCCGGUGAAGUUCAAGGCCAGGCUGGAAGGGGACCACAAUGCAGUGGUGAAUGACAUCAAUAAGAAGAUCAUGCUGGUGAAGAAGCUGGCUCUGGCAUUUGGCGACAGGAACAGCAGCACCAUCACGGUGCAGGACAUCGCCAAAGGCUCCAUCGUAGUGGAGUGGACGAACAACACGCUGCCCUUGGAGCCCUGCCCCCGGGAGCAGAUCCGGACUUUGAGCAAAAAAAUUGCGGAUGACUCCGGUGGGCCGAGCCUGGCUUUCUCCAACGUCUUGCAGCCUGAGUUCAAGCCUCUGAAUGUAUCGGUGGUCGGCUCCGGCAGCUGCAGGCACAUCCAGUUCAUCCCUGUGACGAAGGAUGGAAGGGUGAUCUCGGAAGCGACGCCAACGGUGGCGGCAGGCAAAGACCCUGAGAAGAGCAGCGAGGACGACGUGUACCUGCACACCGUCAUCCCCGCUGUGGUGGUGGCCGCCAUCCUCCUCGUGGCCGGCAUCAUCGCCAUGAUCUGCUACCGCAAGAAGAGGAAAGGGAAGCUGACCAUCGAAGACCAAGCCACCUUCAUAAAGAAAGGCGUGCCCAUCAUCUUCGCCGACGAGCUGGACGACUCCAAGCCUCCGCCGUCCUCCAGCAUGCCCCUCAUCCUCCAGGAGGAGAAAGCCCCGCUGCCCCCACCAGAGUACCCCAACCAGAGCAUGCCGGAGACCACGCCACUCAACCAGGACACCAUCGGGGAGUACACGCCACUGCGGGACGAGGACCCCAACGCGCCGCCCUAC